AUGGCUCCUUCGGAAAGCGCAGAAACACCCAGUCCAUCUGUGACUGCACCUUCUCAACCCGGGGUUCAUGGACAGACCAAUACGGGCGCUAUUGUUGGAGGAGCAACUGCUGCACUCCUGAUAUUGGUAAUCCUGCUGGUUCUAAUCGUUGUUCCGAUGCAGAGACGCCGCAAACAGAAAAAGGAUGUAGCAGCACGUCAAAUGGCCAACCUCGACCCGCCCUAUCAUUUCUCGGAAAGCAAAGUCAUCUUGAUGGCGAAGCAGGGAUAUACCAAGUCCCAUCAUCCAACAGAUUCUGAUCUUGUUGGGAUGAUGCCCUUGCUCAGCGCUACACCAUUCGACACUAGCCGCAACGAUUCUCAGAAGACGUUGCAUUAUUUAUCUGCGGCGAACUAUAACGGCACCAUCUCCACCUCAACCUUGCCCAUCGCCCACAUCUCCAAGUACAGUGAGGAGUCGUUUAACCCCUACGCCGAGUACCAGAGCGACCACCAGGCCAAUCGGACUCCAGUAUCCUAUCCUAUGCCCCCUCGUCCUCCCCAGGAUGUACACGCACGGCCAUCAUGGACAGAACACACACAACAGUCACCUCGCCCUGUGCGCAAGCUAUCGAGAGCGCUCCCUCCAGAGCCGCUCACGCCCACCAAGAAGGUCAGAUCCCCUGGCGUACGACCUCUCCCCCUUCCGUGCGCAAACAAUGGCCAGGUGAAACCGUCGCCCGUUCCUGCGAAAGUCACUAAUGAAGUCGCUCCUGCGUCAUCGGACCCAGAGCAAAGUCGAGGACCCGAGGAACUUCCAGCCAGCGAUUCGAAGAGCGCCAUCCCGCCACCUCCGCCUUCCGUAUCAACCUUCCCGGUCCUCCUGGAGCGUUUCCAGUCCGUCUCGACUAUCUCCGAUGAUUCGCUGUCCAUCUACUCGCAAAUGUCUAUGUCCCGGAGUAACACAAUCCAUCGAGAUGGACAUCUCGCUGUGAAGGACCAUGUCGCCCCACCCAUUCCUUCCCUGUCUGCGAUAGCUGAGAGGUUGGCGGCGGAGAGCGUGGAGGAUCAGUCCUCGUCUUCUCACAGCAGGUACAGCAAGUCGGUCAAAGGGAAGGAGAAGGCGAGACCAGAAGACGAGGAAGACAUGCCCCAGGAUCGACCCAGCCUUCGUAAACUACCCACCCCGCCUCCAGCGAUCACUCCUCGACCCCUGCCACCAACGCGCGAACCUUCGUCCUCCGGUGCCUCGUCGGCCGACGCGACCAACGGAUCGUCUUUCAUCUGCGACCCGUCCAGUUCCAAGGGCCCCACGGUGAAGCGAAUGGACACUGUCGUCAUCGGCAACAUCCUCCGCGCUCGAAGACACAGCGAUGCACCCUACGUCGCUCUCCACGCCACAUCCAGCGACGACGGCCGAACCAUCUCGUCAGCCUCCUCCAGCCGCAUCUCCGCCAUGGCCAGGGAGGGCAGUGUGUCGAAUAGCGGGAUUGCUGAUGGGGAGCGGAAGGUCGAGGAAGAUAAGAAGCAGGAGGGUGGGAAGCAAGACGAGGGAGGUUACGGGAACAUUGUUCGAAGCCCCAUCGUUGGAGGUCCAGGUGUCCGCAAGAUCGUCGUCCCCCGUGAAGCACCUCGCGGUGGUCGUCAGCCUCUCGGCCCUCGCGUGUCUCUGCGGCCUCGCGCUGUGUCCAGCUCAAGCAUCAUCUCCUCCAACGGCACCAGCAACAUUCGCAUCAAGACUCGAGUGCAAACCCUUGAUCCUCAUCUGAAGCCACUACGAUUCGUCCGUCCCGCGUCGCCGCCGGCGAGUAAAGACGAGGUGAAGGGAGAGGGAGAUGGCUUAGGGGCUAGAGGUGGGGCGGACGGUUGGAAUCAAGGCCGUGCAUCAUCAGGCGUGUCGCCGAUGCUGCCUCCGAUUCCCACUUCCCACUCUUUGUACCCCUUGACCGGGGCGUUCGGUUUAUCGAAAUCGCCGCCAGUACGCUCCCCAGAGACACCUUCCUCCGAAUAUGACCUUUCUCGCGUGAAGCCUUACCCCCCUCGCACUGCCCCUCUGAAAGUUGGUGGACCGAAGCAGAGAACUGAUGGGGUUCAAGUUGCGCUGAGAGGAUGA